AUGUCAGUAAAUGGCAAAAUUGCAAGGCGUGCGACUGGUUUCUCUCUCCCCAUGGUAAUAAACAAGGAUAAUGUACAUCAUGAUGAAGUGGUAGAGGAGGACCCGGUUAGAGAAGAAAUUGCGAAUGAGUUUUUUGCAGAUUUAGUGGAGAAAUUUCAAGAGGUUGGGGAGGAUAUCUUUCAGGAGGGUUACGUUGAACCUUCACCUGAGAAAGAGGUUGGUUCCCGGAAAUGGGCGAUUGAAUCGGAGGAGACAGACUUUCAGGAAUUGGCUAAGGAAAAGUGGUCUAACUUUCAGGGGAAUCUUACAGCUAAUGGUGGAGUCCGGCUCAACUAUGAGGAGCCGAUGGUUCGUGAUGGGAAACGUAUAGCUCAAAUCGAUGUAGAGGAGACUGAAGUGGAGGCAUCGUUUUGGAAAUCUGCUCUGGUUUGUGUUGUCUUAGGAGCAAACCCCCCUUUAGCUGUCUUUGAAGGAUUUAUCAAUCGGUUAUGGGGGAAAUUAGGUAUAGAACGAAUAGCCCGAAUGAAUGCGAGUCACACACUGGUCAAGUUUAGGGAUGAAACAACUAGGGAUUUGGUUUUGGAAGCAGGAGUGGUUCACUUUGAUAGGAAACCAGUCCUAUUGAGGCCUUGGUCGACUGAUUUAGAAACUCUGAGGGUGGUGAACUCAGUCCUUGUUUGGAUGAGAUCACCUAAUAUUGGCCUUCAAUAUUGGGGUUUAAAAAGUCUGAGUGCUCUUGUUAGCACUAUAGGGAAACCUAUGAUGAUGGACAGGGUAACGAAGGAAAAAUCUAUGGUAAAAUUUGCUAGGGUCCUUGUGGAGGUUGAGAUUACUGAUAGAUUACCUCACUCAAUUAGUUCUAUCAGUGAGCGAGGCCAACUGAUGGAACAGGCUAUAGAAUUCGAAUGGCUUCCCACACGAUGUUCUUGUUGUAAGGGUUUAGGCCACACUGCAUCAAGCUGUAAGAGUGCUCAGGAGGUAGUUUCGAGACCAAAACAGCAGGUUUCAGCUUCAGGCACAGGGGAUAUUAGGGGUGUUAUGGCUCAGUAUGAAGCAAAAAAUGAGAAUAAGACAGUGGUAGAAACUCAAAAGGAUGCUGGGAAUGAAGUUGAUGGUGAUGAGCCGGUUCAUCAGGGAGGUUCGAAGGGGCCACUGACCGCAACAACUGAGGACACUAAUGAGACUGGUUGUUCGACGGCUGAGAAGGAGAAAACUUGGACUAUACCUAGGAAAGUGGGGGGUCUGAGGAAGAAAAAUUCCACAGAACAUACUUUGAAAGCUAAUAAAUUCAGUGUUCUGCAGGAGAAGAUUGGUUUGGUUGCAAACAAGGAAUCACAUAAACCUCAAAAUUCUAAUGGAGGGGUUUUCCUGGAAACUAAACUUCACAGCAGUAAAAUUGAGGAGAUGAUGAAUGAGGAGAUGGACCAGCUGGUUACUUAUGAAGUGCAAAUAAAGGGAGUUAGACAAACUGUUGUUCUUUCUUUUGUGUAUGGCCGUAAUUCUUUGGAAGAGAGGAAAAAGCUCUGGGCUCGGCUUCAGCUUUCCCAAUCUAAUUCUAGACCUUGGCUGGUAGCAGGGGACUUUAAUGCAGUUUUUGAUUAUGAUGAUCGUAGUGGAGAUAGGCAGAUUUCAGCUUUGGAAGUGGAGGACAGUAGGCAAUGGAAGGCUAUUUCUCUAUUGACUGAGUUAAGAUUCAGCGGUUCUUCAUUCACCUGGUCUAAUAAACAAAAAGAAGGCUUAAUAAUUUUUUCAAGACUUGAUAGAAUAUUUGUUAAUGAAGUGUGGAUUGACUCUUUUCCUGAUUCAGAAGGUCGGUUUAAUUGGGAUACAUUAUCUGAUCAUUGCUUUUGUAUCAUCAAAGCUGUCCAUUUUCAAGUUUCAGGGGUAAAGCCAUUUAGGUACUUCAAUAUGUGGGAUAAACAUCAGGAUUUUAGGAGCUCUGUCAUGUGUAACUGGUCUAAACCAGUUGGAGGUACUGGUCUGCAGAAGAUUAUGCAGAAGCUCAAAAGACUAAAGCCUGUCCUGAUCCAGUUCAACAAAGUCUAG